AUGGCUCUGGUUCCGUACGUAGAUAAUUCGUUCCCUGUGCUUUCCAAACUUCACAAUUCAUCCGCACAGUUUCGCUUCGCCAACCGCGACCUCCGUCUUGCCCAGGACUGGAAGAAGCUCGGGGUAGCAGCAGUUGUGUGGGAUGCGGCCGUUGUUAUGUGUAUUUACCUGGAGAUGGGGAAAGUGGAGUUAAAGGAGAAGGAGGUCAUUGAACUGGGAGCUGGCACUGGACUGGUGGGCAUUGUCGCAGCGCUGCUCGGUGCGAAAGUGACCAUCACUGACAGACAGCCUGCCCUGGACUUCCUCUCUGCCAACGUGAAGGCAAACCUGCCCUCAGACUCCCAUGAGUCAGUGGUUGUGUCUGAGCUGACGUGGGGAGAGGGCCUUGAACGUUACCCAGCUGGGGGAUUCGAACUGGUGCUGGGAGCAGACAUUGUUUACCUGGAGGACACCUUCGUGUCGCUGCUGGAGACUCUGGAGCACCUGUGUUCGGACACAUCGGUGGUGUUACUGGCCUGUAAGAUCCGCUACAAGCGAGAUACAAACUUUUUGAGCAUGCUGAAGCAGCGUUUCACCGUUGAAGAGGUCCACUAUGACAAACAAAGGGACAUCCAUUUAUAUAAAUCAUGGAAACUUCCAACUAGGACGGAUUUGUGACAUCUGGGUGUCCGUUUUCAUUUAUUUACUGCCCUCUUCUUUGUAAUAAUUUACUGGUUUUGGCAUAAGAAUCCAAUAAAAUGUUAAAAAGAAAGAAAUCAAAGAUUACCAGAAACACAUUUAUUAACAGCUGCCAAAAAUGUAAUAAUUGAAUAGCUCUAACAUAAUGCACUGUAUUAUACAAGUUGGUGCUGACAUUUAGAAAUUGUGAAUACAAAAUUAAUGAUAAGCAACAUAAAAAAAAGCAUACUAUGUCAUGACUAUACAUAAUACCUAAAAUAACACAACAUGGCAUUCCAUUAUAAUGAAAAUAUCCAUUAUUGUUCUGUGAAUUCUUUGAUUUGGACGCACUUUACAAUCCUCUUGCAGGGUGUUUGAUAGGUGCAAUCGUACUUGGUGCAAUUGGACGCUGCAAACAACGUCCAAUCAAAUGUCUGAUGAUGCCUUGAUAAUUAAUAAGCAAUAAAACACCAUGUACAUUUUGA